GAGCCACGUAGCUCUCCUUCCAGCCCUCAUUACAUAGCCCUGCGUGUGGCAUCUUCUCCUUCCAAAAAUUCAAACCCAAAGGUUUUCAUGAUAAUAUAAGAUAUAACUAAAGCGUCCCUUAUAUGAAAAGGCUCCUAAUGAUUAGCGCAUAGCUCAGAGCCAUUUUGGGCGUGAGCGUGUGCAUGUGUGUGUGACAGAAAGAAAAAAAAUGGGACAGGCAUUACGUCGAGCAUCUGGCAGAGUACGCACAUCUUCGAGUACCGAUCCAACGUCGGCCUCCUCAAAAUCUAAGAGCGUCGUCGAUCGGCGACCACCUCCCACCGACGAGUUGAAGAUCUCGAAGACUGCCAGCGAGCAUGGCUCUCCUGAUUCCGAUGGUACCCCAGGAAUCAAUGCCGACAAUCUACUUGAGGAACGGGAUCCAAAGUUCGAUGCCAUGCUUAGUCAAAUGGCUGGUACAAUUAAAUCCAAGCCUGGAGGGAAACUUGAGAUGGGUGAGGCAUUUGUGGUGGAAAAGUAUAAUAGGCCCAUGCCAAAACUGCGAAAUACAAAACCAGAUUCUGGCAGGUAUGAGGAAAGGCCCGCCCCUCCAGGAACCCUGAAUGUGGCACAGCUGCGCUACAUUGUCCUCCUGCACCAGGGGAAGGCUGACGACCAUGAAGGACCAAUGGAUAUCCAACAGAUUGCUGAAAAGUUCAGAAUUGAUGUUGCGCAGGUUGAGAGGAUUUUGCAGUUCGUAUCACUGCCUCCAGAGGACAGCAGUAAACAAAAUAACAGUAUAUGAAGAUCACCGUCCCUCACUUUCUCUUGCAAAACUAACAGGAUUUUCUGUUGAAUAAGAGAUGGUUCUUAUAGGAAUUUGGAGGUUUCAUGAAGUUUCAUCAACCAAAAGAUAUCAUGAUUAUAUAGAGUGUAAAUUAGAAAGUUCCAGCGCAAUUGAUAUCUGGGAAAUUUUGUAUGGUAGUUUCAUGUGUGCGUGGUGAAGGACAUCAUAAGCAGAAGCUUUUGAACUUUGUUUGGUCCUCUGAUAUUAACCCACAAAACGAGCAUUUGUUGUUUGGAUGGACUCAUGGACAGAAGUUGGGGAACCAGUUUCCGAACUCUUUGCAUGAGAUUAUUGAACAUCUUUCACAACACUUAA